AUGUCGGAAAAUACUUGGGAAAAAGAGGUCCUGAAUGAUACUAAGGAAGAGGGCACGGAGUUCUUUAGAGCGAUUGGUUACGGAAUCGAAAGAUCCCAUAAACUUGAAACUGUGGAUUUUGCACCACAACUUCCCUCAAAAAGUAAGGCGAUAUUGGUGAAGCAUUGGGUGGCCAACUACUUCACAAAGCAGUCUGAUGGGGUCAAUGAUGAAAAUUAUAGAUUCCCCUGGGCACAGGCCCUCAGCAAAACAAAGGGUCUAACAUUGGGUGUGGACAAAACGUUUGCAUUGCUUCAACAUAACUGGGAGGCAAUUGAGGCCGAAUCCAACUAA